GGGGGAGCCGGGGAGCCGGGAGGCGGUCUGCCCGGAUCUGCGCGCCGCACUUCCCCCUCGCCGGGGGGCGGCCGGCACAGCGCCGGAGCCCGAGCCAGCCCCGCGGGCUGCACCGCGCCGGGGUCGCCGCCACCCACGCGCAGAAAAGCCAGAAAAUGGCCUUAUGAAGAAGAGUUCCCCGAGGCCCGGUGCUUCAGUUAGUGUCUCUGGUCCAUGCUGCCUACACUCUGCUGCUGUGUUUCGGCUGCUCUGUCCUUCAGGCCAGUUGUCGGCAGAGGCUCUCCUUGCCAGCAAUGAGCAGUGUUUGGUCCCUGGCCAUGGAUGGCUGUUCCAUAAGGUCAAGACUGAGUCCCCUCCCUUCUCUCACUUUACCAAUGCCUGGUCUCAUGGGGUUAGUUUUGAGCCCCAUACUAUGGCAUCGUCAUCAUCCUCCUUCCCAGCUCCUCGCUCCCAGUCUAAGAAGCCUCUGGGCAAGAUGGUUGACUGGUUCCGGCAGGCCCUGUCGAAGCCCAAGAAGCCGCCAGACCCUGCAGAAAGCACCUCCAGGGAUGUUUCCCAGCCGAGCUCCCAGGAGGACACCCCCGCCCUGGGCCUCAGCUCAGCCUGGUCUCCCACCUCCCCACCCACACACGGGGGUGCCAGCAGCACCAGCAGCAGCAGCGGCGGCGGCCGCUGGAGCAAGGACUACGAUGUCUGCGUGUGCCACAGUGAGGAGGACCUGGCGGCCGCCCAGGAGCUGGUCUCCUACCUGGAGGGCAGCACGGCCAGCCUGCGCUGCUUCCUGCAGCUUCGGGACGCCACCCCGGGCGGCGCCAUCGUGACCGAGCUGUGCCAGGCCCUGAGCAGCAGUCACUGUCGGGUGCUGCUCAUCACCCCAGGCUUCCUGCGGGACCCGUGGUGCAAGUACCAGAUGCUGCAGGCCCUGAGCGAGGCCCCCGGGUCCGAGGGCCGCACCAUCCCGCUGAUGUCGGGCCUCACCAGAGCCGCCUACCCUGCCGAGCUCCGGUUCAUGUACUUUGUGGACGGGCGGGGCCCUGAUGGCGGCUUUCGCCAGGUCAAGGAGGCUGUCAUGCGUUAUCUGCAGACCAUCAGCUGAUACUUCUUACAUCACCUCGGGACCCAACAAGUUGGAGCAAAGCAGAAAACCGAGUUAGAGAGCCCAUGGCCUCACGGGACCUCACGGGGCCUCACAGGGCCUUGGACUCCAUCUGCUGUGACGAGGUGUAAGGAACCAGAGUUUCUAGCACUUUCUAUGUAAUCCUGGGGUCAGAUGGCCCACCAGGCACCCAUUACUGUGGGCUCCCCAGGAAGGCCAUGGGCAAGCUGGGGACUCCCCCAGGAAGGUCACGGGGAAGCUGGGGACUCCCCCCAGGAAGGCAUGCAGAAACUGUGGCCUCCCCAGGACUGCCAUGGGGAAGCCAGAAACUGUAGGUGGCAGGAGGUGCUAACACCAAGAUGAUCCCCCCCUGUUUUGCCUCCCACCGCACUGCACACAUGAACCUGGCCCAUACCUACAUCUUCUUCCCUUGGGACUGUAGAGAGAUGAGUCCCGCCCCCCAAGAGGUGACUCACUUGGAUCACAAGCUAGAAGCCUGCACCGCACGCUUCAGUGGGGCUGGUGUCCCCAAAGGCCUGGCAUCGGGAGAAAGCACCAGGUACCUAGUUCUUCACACACUACUGCCCUUCUCCUUCCCAGGGACAUUGUCCACACCAAAGACUACAUGAAAGACGCAUUCUGCACUGCACCGUAUUUAUUUUUAUUUUGUGUGUUUCAUAGAGACACAAACCCAGAAACCAUUCUAAAUAAACAGGAGCAGGCAGGGUGAAGAGAAGGAAAAGCUCAGUGCCUGCUGCGGGCUCGGAAGCCCACCCACCAAUGCUUUCACUCACAGUGGGGGGGGGCUUCGUCAAAGCCUCAAAGGUUUGACUAGAACUCCUGCUUUUACACGGUCCUUUACCUCUGCACCGAGAGAGGUCAGCAUUUUUCUUCUGGGAGAUGAUUGUGUACCUCAUAGGACAGAUAAAGUUUCUUUCAUCUGUUCUUAGUAAGUCUGUUGUUGAACCAAAAUGAACUUACUCCCGUGAUGGGUACUUUUGUGCCUCUUCUCUCACUUCCCCUCCCAUGUCCCCUCCUUCUACUGGAAAAAACAUAUAUAUACACAUAUAUACGUGUAUAUAGAUAUGUAUGUAUGUUAGUUUCAGGUGUAAAACAUUUGACAUUUAUAUAUAAUGAAAAAAAUUUAUAUUUUAAUUAUGAAUUAUUUUAUUACAUACAAAAAGACUAAAUAUAACAUUCACUCAUGUACCUUCCUCCCAGCUUAAGCAGCAAAACCUUACAAUCCCGAUGGUACCCCCUUUGUGUCCUUAAUCACCUUCUCAUUCCUUCUCACAUUGGAAGCAAUCAUGAUUCUGAAUUUUGAAUUUCUUCGGCUUUUCAUGUAACACAUCCCUGACAUGUUUACCUUUACAUGCUUUUGUGCUGUAUGUAAAUGGUAUUAUAAUGUUUGUAUUCUACAAAUUCUUUUUGUUGCUCACAUGUAAGAUUUAUCCGUGUGGUUGCAUGUAAUGCCAGGAAAUUCACCUUCAUUUCGAUAUGUUAAUAUACCACGAAUGGACAUUUGGUGGUUUCCCAUUUGUUGCUAUCAAAAGCAAUGAGCUCAGGGUGCCUGGGUGGCUCAGUUGAUUGGGCGACUGCCUUCGGCUCAGUCACGAUCCCAGGGUCCUGGGACAGAGCCCCGAGUUGGGCUCCCUGCUCAGCGGGGAGCCUGCUUCCGCUUCUCCCUCUCCCUCUGCUGCUCUGCCUGCUUGUGCUCUCUCUCUCUGUCAAAUAAAUAAAUAAAAUCUUUUUUUUUUUUUUUUUUAAAGCAACGAGCUUAUGAACAUUUUGGUACAGGCUUCCCUGGUGAGAUUUUCUAGGAUUUUGCCCAGAUGGGGAACAGCUGGAGAGUAAAUACACACCUUCAGUUUGGGUAGAAAAUACCACACUUUCUUCCUGGUUAUGUCAGUUUAUGUUUCUACCAUUUGUGUAUGAGAUUUCCCACUUUUUCAUGUUCUUACUAAACACACAGAAUCAUUAGAGUGUAAAAUGUUUGCUGAUCUGGUGGAUGAAGCUGGUAUCCAGCUUCAGAAUAUUCAGAAUAUUACUGCCAUAAUAUUCUCUUUUUUAUGAGAAAUUCUAUGUAUAUCAUAUACCAAAGGGGAAGAGAAAAAUCUGAUGAAUCCCCAUAUACCCAUUGCCUACUUCACCAGUUCCCAACUCAGAGCUAAGCUCAUAUCAAUAACUCCCAAUUCCCUUUCCACCAGAUCUCUUUGGGGCAAAUCCCAGGCAUUAUUUUAUUCCUCUGUAUUAAAACUGUGUAUGUUUUUAGGAGUUUAAAUGUAUCUUUUAAAGAACAGAAAGCUUUAUUUUUUUAAUAUAAAAAUGUUUACCAAUUACUGUAAUCUGUGUUUUUGCGUCUUCUUUAGGAAAUCCUUUCCUAUUCCUAUAAUUUCUUCUGGAGCUCUUUCCCAUUUAGGACUUUAAUCCACUGGGAUGUUUUGCUUGGGUUUGAUUUUGUUGUUGUUGUUCUUGGUAAAGUCAAAGGCCCAAUUUUUCCCCCCGAUUUGUAUAGCCAUUCUUUACUGACCAGUAGUCAGUCCACCCUUUCCUCCUACCAAUUGUGAGGUCACUGCUGCCAUUACACUGUCAUAUGUGGGUAUGUCUGCGUAUCCCUGCAAAGUGACACACUGGCUCAUUUACUAUGAUUUUUAAGAAGUCUUAAUGCCUAUUAGUAUUUUUAUUAGGCUUAUAUUGAAAUGAGAGAUUAAUUUGGGAAGAAUUGGUCAUUUUUACAUUGAAUCUUUUUCUCCAGAAAAAUGGUAUGUCUCCAUUAUUGAUAUCUUGAAAUGUAUUUCAAUAAAGUUUUAUAAUCAGA